ACGUUUCCGUGGUCAGCCUGGCGAGGAUGAUGAGCGAGGGGCAGCUUGAUGACCCCACAUGUAGUUGACUAAGCGAACAUGUACAAAAAAUUCAAGGUCGACAGUUGAGAAAGGUGCGACCUGCGAAAAGCAGCAACAUACAAAUCGACAGAAAACCUCAAGUGUGAAAGACAUGGCACAACAAUCGCCUCAAAAUGGCGCGCAACAGCUGUCCGCAGAAAUGCCGCCAGCCAUGGCAGAGAUCAAGUCGCAGAGCGUCGACGAGGUGUUGAAAGAGAUGAACCGAAUGCCACUUUUCAUGACAACACUGGACGAGACUGAUGGUGAAGGAGGCGAGAACAUGAUGCUUGAGGCGCUGAAGGCCAUGGCGUACGAGGGCACUCGAGCAGAAAUUGCGGAGAACUUCCGACAACAAGGAAACGAGUGCGCGAGAGCAAAGCAAUGGACCGAUGCGAAGGAAUUCUAUGACAAGGCGAUAGCUGCGUUGAAGGGUCCACAAUCGAAGCCAGACCCUGAGGCAGAGGGCCCUGGGGUUAUUGAGGUCGAGCUUGACGAGGAAGAGGAGGCGAAAAAAGAGAAGGUGAUCGAGGAGGCGUGUUAUGUGAACAGGGCGCUGUGUAACCUCGAGAAGAAAAACUACCGCUCCUGCAUACAAGACUGCGCAUCUACUCUGCGCGUCAACCCUUCAAAUGUAAAAGCCUUCUACCGCUCCAGCACCGCCUGCCUCUCCCUAGACAAACUCCCCGAAGCCCUCGACGCCUGCGACCGCGGCCUCGCGCUGGAUCCCACCAAUGCACCGCUCAAGGCCGUCAAGACCAAAAUCUCCGCCCGGCAGACGCAUCUCGCCGCCCUCGAAAAAGCACGCCGCGAGCGCGAAGAAAAGCUCGCUUCGGAACGCGCAACCCUCGCUCUCGCCCUGAAAGCACGCGGAAUCUUGACCCGGAAGACCGACCAACCGCCCGAUCUAGAAGACGCAGCAGUCAAGCUAGAAAAUGCCUUCGACCCCUCAUCGACUCUCCACUUCCCAGUCAUAAUCCUCUACCCGACAGCUGGCCAAUCCGACUUCAUCAAAGCCUUUUCUGAGAGAGAGAAACUCGACGAGCAUCUCGAGUAUAUAUUCCCCUUACCCUGGGAUACGGACAACGAGUACACAGUAGGCAGCGUAGAGGCGUACAUGGAGACAGUAGCGGGCGGGUUGAUCAAAGUGGGCAAGAAGAUGUCGCUGGGGAAAGUAUUGGGGAGUGGGAAACCAGAAGUUGUGGAUGGGCUGGCGAAGAUCAGUGUUGUGCCAAAGGACAAAGCUGCUGGCUGGAUCGAGGAGUUCAAGAAGAGGAGGGGCAAGAAUUGAGAACAUAGAGGCGAGGAUUUUGAGACCGUAUUCGACUAAUGGCUCGAGUUGGGUAUAGAACGCGUAGAUACCACGUCACAAUGGGCAAAUCCCCACGGCUAUGCUCUCUUCUCGGACUCUCCCCCCAUAUAUGUGGUUCUAGCAGUAUUGUUCAGUCGCAGUGCUUCGUUCGCCAGCUAGAUUGAAAUGUUCUUGAGGUCAAAUGCAAAUGAAAUGAGCAAGGUCCAAGCGGAUUCAAGUGGCGUCGAAAGUAUGGGAGGAAGUUCAAAUGUUGGAUUCAGAUAUAUGAGUGUGUCAAAUAUGUACAACG